AUGAUCGACAGCGCCAAGGCAGGAGAGGCUGAGCUCUUGGUAGGAGGGAAUUCAAUCGGCAAGACCGGCUGUUUCAUUGAGCCGACCGUGUUCGUAAACCCCAAGCCUAAGGCUGAAAUCCUGACCGAUGAAGUCUUCGGUGCAGUUUCCGUGAUCAGCACAUUCGACACAGAGGAAGAGGUCAUUCAGAAAGCCAACGAUACCGAAUAUGGGCUGAUGUCUGGAGUAUUCACAAGAGAUAUAACUAGGGCACUCCGUUUUUCGUUCAAGCUAGAGACUGGAAUCGUGGGCGUUAAUUGGGCCAGCUUUCUCAACAUCCAAGUCCCCUUCGGCGGCGUGAAAGCAUCCGGAUUGGGCCGUGAAUUUGAAAUGGGCGUUCUCCGAUCGUUCACGGAGACGAAAACAAUCCUGAUCAAGUAA